AAUUGUAACUUGUAUACAUUAUGGACGACAUUACCACUGUCAACUAUCUAAAUGGAUUUUGUUAUCUACAUUUUUUGAAUCGUUCAACUUAAAUUCGCCCCUCCUCCUGAUAAUUCCUAGUUUCGCCACUGCAGACACCCACCAUGGAUGAUUUCAUUUCUCCAACCUACAAAUUUAUUAACACCAUAUUGGCUUUGCUGCUGGUUCUCUAUGGUACAUUGAGAAUAAUCGCAGUAUACACUAAGCAAAAGAAGAAGAGCAAUAUCACCAACAACACGAAGACAGAAACCAUGUCAUUGACCAAAGUCCCUCAACCCUCAGAAGCAUGGCCUUUCAUAGGUCACCUCCAUCUCCUACAUGGCAAAGACCCUGUUGCCCUAAUCCUUGGCGCCAUGGCAGAUAAACUCGGUCCGAUCUACUCACUCAGGCUUGGUCCGCGCCAAGUAGUGGUGGUGCUGAGCGCUUGGGAACAAGUAAAAGAACGCUUCACAAAAAACGACAUUGUUUUCGCCACACGACCGAGUACAGCAGCCGGCAAACACUUGGGUUACAACAACGCCAUUUUUGCCCUAGCCCCGUACGGAUCCUACUGGCGCGACAUCCGGAAGUUGGCUACUCAGGAGUUUCUCUCAGCCCAAAAAGUUGAAAUGCUUAGUCACGUCCGAGCUGAAGAAGUUGACUCGUUUAUAAAGAAAUUGUUCGACGUAGCGGGGUCAUCGGGCCUCACCAUAACUCCCGCCACUUCACCAGUAGCGGUGCGUUUGAGCGAGUUAGUAGAGCACUUGAUGUUCAACAUUAGCGUGAGGCUAAUUGCGGGCAAGAGAUUUUCAGAUCGCGAAUACAAUGAGAAAGGCAGUGAGGCUUGGCGUUUUGAAAAGGCUAUGCAGGAUACUAUGCAUCGCCUUGGCAAUUUUGUUUGGUCGGAUGCUAUACCAUUUCUUGAAUGGCUGGACAGCUUGUUUGGGCCUGUGAGUUCAAUGAAACAUACGUUUAAGGAACUUGACUCUGUGCUUAGCAGCUGGCUCAACGAACAUCGUUCUCCAGGAGGCAAGAUCGGUAAUAGCAGCAGGGUCGCAAGUGACUUGAUGGAUGCGAUGAUAUCCAACUUUGGAGAGAAGGCUGUCAUUUCUGGCCAUAGCUGUGAUAACGUCAUCAAAGCAACAUCACUUAUUCUCAUCAUAGGUGGCACAGAUGGCACAUCUAUUGCAGUAACAUGGGCACUCUCCUUGCUACUCAACCACCCAAGUGCCCUAAAAUCUGCCCAACAAGAACUGGACAUCAGCGUAGGAAGGGAUAGAUGGGUUCAAGAAUCCGACCUCCCAAACCUCAAAUACCUCCAAGCCAUUGUCAAAGAAACCCUACGCUUAUACCCAUCUAUCCCAAUCACCGUCAACGAGGGCAUGGAAGACACUCAUCUCUCUGGCUACCUCGUCCCCAAAGGCACCCGUAUAGUGGUCAACUUAUGGAAAUUGCACCGGGACCCGCGCGUGUGGGCCAACCCUUGUGAAUUUCACCCUGAAAGGUUUAUGACCGACCAUGCUGACGUGGACUAUUUCAAGGGUUUUGAGUACAUUCCGUUUAGCUCGGGCAGAAGGUUGUGCCCUGGUGCGACACUAGGGUUGCAUGUGGUUCAGUUGGUUCUGGCUCGUUUGGUUCAGGGGUUUGAUAUGAGCAGAGUGGGUGAUGAGCCGGUGGAUAUGCGUGAAAGGGUGGGUCUUGCCCUUAUGAAAGAAAAUCCACUUGACGCUUUUCUUGCUCCACGCCUUCCUCUUCACCUCUACUGUUCUGCUGAACGACAGUGUAUUUAAACGUACUACCUCAUGGUUUUACAUGGCAAUUAACUACGAAGUUAUUCUGCAUGUUGAAACUUGAACCCUGAUGCUGGCAUGCAUUAGUUUUUAUAUAUUAUUAUUAUUUAUAUGAUCCAAAUAAAUAGCACUAUAUAUAUCAGCACUCUUAUUGUGUAAAGUGAAAAAUAAGGUUUAAUGAAUAUGUACGACUCGUAUAGGGAGGCUUCAAUCAGUUAUGUAUUUAUUCCAAAUUAAAAAAAAAAAAGGAGAUUUUGGA